AUGCAGGGGUCCAGAUCGAUCACCGUGGCUCCCCAAACCCCAAGGCGUCCGCCGUCUCCAACACUGCUUUCAUCAUUGCCAAACUCAUCGCUGCCACCACCACAGCUGCCACCAAAGCCAGCCCUGCCACUGAGGUUCUCUCGGGGACCACCGCUGUCAUUGCCGCCAGAGCCACCUCCACCCCUGCAGUCACCGGGACGCCCCAGCCCCUCUCUCACGGGCUCUGCUCACGCCCCAGGAUCAGUACCCACCUCCUCUGCGGUGGCGAAGCCUGGGAGCGUUGGCGGUUGGAUCUCUGGUUUCCAAGGAGCUUCCGCAGCUGUCCAGUUCGCGGGGAGACCCGGACUUAGAUGUUACAGCAGUAGGGACGGAGACUUCAACCUUACAUCCUUGGCAGUGCUCGUGGCAGAAUGGGUUCUAGGAUGUCUCCAGAAGUCUCAAGUGUUCAGAAAUGGGCUUUGGGAAGGUGACUGGAUCAUGGGGCGCCGUACUCCUCAACGGACCCAGCCACUGUUGCACUCAUGGCCGAAUCUGCCGUUAGAAGCUGAGGCCCGGUCAGAAGAGGCGUCACUGGGGGGCGUGGCCUCAGGAGUAUCCGCUCCCAGGCUCCUCCCUUCAGGGCCUACUUCCGGGAGCCAUGAUGGGUGCCCCUCUGCUCAAUGCUAGGCUCUCUGCUGUACUGUUUCUGGACUGAAAUUUCUGAAACUAAAUCUUCGCCCCAAGUCCAACGACAUGGCCCAAGCUCCUAACACUGUGAGGACACACAACAGGCGCUUAAAAGCCAUAAGGGGAGAGCGAGGCCAACACAAGGAAGACUCAGCCAAGCCAGGCUUCAGGGACCACUGGGCGAGACCCGCGAUCGGCCCAAACACCGAACCUGGGCUCUAACGCGCGCUCACGCACUCACACGCGUGCGCUGUAACACCCACCUAAUUGGCUGAGGCGUUUCCGCAAGUGGUUUUGCGCAUGCGU